AUGUCCUCCGCACGAAAAAAGGUGAAAAAGACCGUUUCAUUUUCUCGAAACAGCCCGUCUCUCAGCGACCGCAACCCCAGCACAGAACCGGGAUCGCCUGUCCCGGAGUCAGCUUUCGAUCUUGCUGACGAGGAGCCUAAACUUAACGAGCUGCCGAAACCCUCUCCCGCUUUCAUGCUCCUUCCGUUCCAUUCUCUGGCAAUCGUCUAUGCUUUAUUUCAUCACUACAAUAUAAGCUCCAAGGUUAUACCAGCACUGAACUCGUCAACGCUUGCAGUUUUGACACUUCAUUUUGGUUUCGGACUAAUAGCACUAACCACAAUCAAAAACAAAAAGAAAGCAAAGAGACAUAGAGGCCCGAACGGCGGCGAGCUCGUGUACCUGGUGAUUUCAUCUAUAAUUUCUUGCUUCGCCGCAAUUCCAAUCUUCGUUAUCUUGCUGGUCUUCGGGGCUCCUAUUGGAUCCCUGACAAAGGAAACAGCUUUUAUGGCUUUGCAUCUGUCGUUUCUGACAGUCUUCCCGCUUCUUCUAGUUUACAAGCUCACCGAUUUAGACGCAGGAGACACGUGGAUCCGAUUGCUCACGUUUCAAGUGCCAGCAUUUUAUAAAAAUCAGGUCUACUUGCAGGCUAUGGGCUCGCUAGUGGGUUGCUGGUUGGGUGUCAUUCCUAUUCCGCUCGAUUGGGAUAGAGACUGGCAACAGUGGCCAAUUACCUUGCUCACAGGUGCCUACGUAGGGUCGUUUGCCGGAAGUUUAAUCAGCUACCUUUAUAGCAUAUUUGAAUAG